UUAAAUUAAAUUAAAUUAAUUUUUUCUACUCCCUUCUGUAAAAUACCUAAUUAUACACCGACCUAGCAUAUGGAAAGCGUCACCUUACCACGUGAUCCCACGGAUCCGAGACCGGAUAUUUCCGCGAUAUUACCGCACGGGUUCGGGAGCAAUCGGAUUUUUUCGGAGAUUUUACCGCAAGGCUUAAAUUUCCACGUUUGUCAAUUCUGACGCACAUGUCAGUGAAUGCAUUCGUGUUGUUUUGCAAAAAUGUGCUCAAAAAUUAACGGUCGUAGACAAAGUAUAGUAAGCAACACAUUGGGUCACUCGUUUAUCCGCUGCGCGCUUUUACCUCAUUUGUUGCAUAAUGUACUAAUACAUUGCUAAUUAUAACAAGAGCUUUACCAGCGAACUUUUGGAAAUAACUUUGGACCGUGUCCUUACAUACCUAAUUUUCGAAUAUAAUCAAAUAAAGUAGGCAUAUCGUUGAAAAUAAAAUAAAUAAAGAAUUCCCAUAUCCGCAAUAUAAUAUUUUCUUGCAUUUAAUAAAAUAUGAUAAAUUAUAAAAAUACCGAUACGGAGAUCGGAUUAAAAUUCACGCUUAAUUUACCUUUAUACUUGUAUGCUUGUAGCUUAAAUCUCAUAUAUAAAGGAGCAGCCUUGAUAAGCCGUAAAUAAAAUUUCAUAUUUUUAUCUAAAACGGUUGACAGAUAUUUUUUUUAUUGUAGAUGUUCUUCGCAAAAUUUUCUACAAAAUAUUUUUUAUCUGAAAAACACUUCAAGGAAGCGAUAAUAUGUGUCACAUUAAAAGUUUCAAAAUUUUUCAUAGAAUCCAAAAAUGAAGUUGCAUUGAAAUUGAAAUAUCUUUAUUCAUUCUCCAUAUCCUUCUAUAUGAAGCUUUAAAUCAGAUAGAUGCCAAACCGACCAGUUGGACCAUAAAAAAUGUUUUAAAUAUAAACUUCCAGCAAGUAGAGCGUGCGUAGCUUUUUAUGUAUUUAUUGAUUAACUUUCUGCCGUAUAAUUUUACAAAAUUUUAUAUUUAGUGUAAACUACUUAAUUUCACCAUACUCACAAAUUUUAUCUAUAAUGAAAAAAUUCGCUCAUUUUCAUUUUUUGUCGCAAUACGCUUUUCGCCAAAAUAUGCAAAUUGACCAUUAUCGGUCAUUUUGAUUGACUUAUGCAAAUACGUUCGAUUAUUUGCGCGUGUCUUAUCUUAUAUUAUAAAACAAACAACAAAAGAUUCGAACGAAUUUAAUACGCUUAUCGCACGACUUGUUUGAAGCUUCCCCAUAUGUAUAUAUAACACGCGUCUUGAGUCAAUUUUAGUCAAACUAACCAAACUUAAUGAAAGUUAUUGGACAAGAUGUCGAGGGUGGUAUUUAUCAGUAUACUUGUAUGGUCGAUAUGUCUGUCAGUCCAGUGCAAUAAGUUUCGGACGUAUUUUCGAUGGAAUUACAUUGACUUUGAUUGGCAGUCGGAAGUUCAAAGAAAAGAGUUUGGCUACGUACCUGGCGAGGACGUAAUCACCGGUAUUAAAGUAUACAGAGAUACAGUUUAUUUAACGCUUAUUCGAAACAAAACGUCGGCCAGGGUAACGCUAGCUACAGUGUCUCUAAAAGAUGAUAAACACAACCCCCUACUGAAACCCUAUCCCAAUUGGGACUUUAAUAGCGGACAAUCUUGUUCAUCUUUACUGGUACACAUAGCAGACGUACUUAGUGUAGAAAUCGACCCGAACGGAGUACUGUGGGCGCUAGAUGGUACGCGAAGAUCUAACUUGACACAGUGCCCUGGAAAGUUAAUGUUAUUCGACACAAACGACAACGGAAAAUUGAUCCAAACAUAUAACUUUCCAGAAGAGAUUUGUGCCAUUAACAAGAGAUGCUUCCUCGAUGAUUUAGUAGUCGAUGGCGAUUGGGCGUUUAUCAGUGAUAUUACGGCAGUGGAUCCAGGAAUCGUGGUAUAUAAUAGGUUCCUCAACAAAUCCUGGAAAGUUCGCGACAAAGCUACUAUGAGAGCUGAUCCGUUGGCAUUCAAUUUUACACUCCAUGGGGUACGAAAUAUUAUGUUUGGCAACAUUAAUGGUAUUGCCCUAUCUCCGGUAACUACCAAUCCGAGAUUAUUGUAUUAUACGCCACAAAUGUCAUUCCACAUUUACUCAAUACCCACUACAAUUUUGAAGCAGGAAAAUGUAGCCAUUGGAAACGUUAGUCAAUACGUCACAAAUCACGGGAGAAAGAAAGGGGCUACAGACGGUAUGAUUUGUGAUUCAGAAGGUACGAUAUAUUUUGGAUUGUCACCUCUGGACCAGAUAAACAAAUGGGAUACCUCGGAGCCCUUAGAUGACUCAGAAGUCAUCGAACGAAACUCUAGAACGUUGAUAUGGCCAGAUGGGUUCAGCGUUUAUGGCGGUUACAUCUACGUAGUUACCAAUAACAUGCUUAAGUUUAGGGAGGUGGGAAUUAAUAUUACCGAUAUUAAUUUUAGAGUUAUGAGGUACCGUUCCGGUACUAGAAGUUACAUGUAUCCAACAGAUUUGUAAUAUGAUUAUUCUUCUAGUAACCUCCAGACAUCUAUAAAAUUUUGAUACGUAUAAUUUCGUAAGAAAUUUCAGCGGUGCGAAUGAAAAAUAUGUUCUUUUAAACCAUUCCUGAGCGCUUUGCCAACAUUCUUGAAAAGUAAUUUUUAAAUUAAUUUUCAAACAAAACAAGAAAUAAUUAAAAUAUUUUUUUUUCUAUUUUUUUUUAUUUUCUAUAGCAAAUUAUUUCAUGAUAAUCAUUUUGUUUCCAAGAUCCUUAGGCCAUAUUUAAAGUCAUAGUCGUAAGAGUCAGAAGCGCUUUAUAAAAAGUAGCGAAUAGUUCAUUUUAGUGUUCCAAAUCAAAAGUUUUAAAAGUUUUAUCAAAACAUAUGAUGUUAAAUCAAUUUCUUCUAGUCAUUAAUAUUUCGAUUUUAGGUUUCGUUGCCUUACUUAUAGUAUUUUUCUACUCGGAAAUAUUAUUCCCUACUUGAAUUUUGACGUUUGUUAAUUCUCAUACUGUCAAGUCAUCAAUAUAAGAAACCGUGAAAUUUAGUAGUGUUGUUUAUUGUGAUCUUUAGAAUUAAUUAAAUUAAAAAUAUGAAAUGCAUUGGCGUACCGAGAAGCACACUAUCACAUAUUUUUAACGGGAAAAAAAUGCGCGAUUGACUUUUUUACUGGUUUUAUUUUUUUGUCAAAUUAAGCAAUUAAAAAUACACUUCGUUUGUGUUUUUGUGUUGCAUUUUUCUCGUAUCUUGCUUUAUUUUCGAGAAAAGUAAUAAAAACCAAUUUAUUGCAUGUCGCUGGCUUCUUAUCGCUACAUAGCAAACCGCUAAAUUCCAAGGAAAUUGCAUAAAGGUUAUUAAAGGUAUCAAUAAAAAAACCGAUUAAAAUUUGUUGCCAAUUAGGGACAUACAAUAAAUUGUUUUUUUCUUCUCGAAAACAAAGCAAAAGUUUUUAAAAGCUUGACACUCUGCAUUUUGAAAAUUAUGAUUUUCGGACCGAUGUACAGAUAAAAAAAUGUUCUUAGUUUUUCAUGUAGAUUCUGAAAUUACUCGAACAUUAUUUCCAGACAUCAUAUAAAAUUACUGAUACCGUAGCAACAUUCAUGACUCACCGUUUGAAAUGCAUACGCACAUUGAUAAGACAAGGAAAGUACAUUUACAGGCUCGAA